GUUUCCCCCCUCGAUUUCUCCCAUUACGCUGAAUACGUUCGCCUCAAUCGUUCCCGAUGCGAUGUACAGAGCGUUAGUCCUUCGGAGCUGCGCAAGAUCGCUAUUCAGCAUCGAGAGCUGGAGGAUGAGUUGCAGGCUGCUGAGGAGAAAGUUCUUCGGCUGCGCAAGCAGAAGAGGAUGUGGUUUGAGAAGAUGAUGCGCGCUGUUCGUUGCAGCAUCAACAAUGUGGAGGAGCUGGAUUGCGUCGAGGCUGAGGAAGCU